GCUCUCUCCUCGAUGAAUGAAAUCCACCAUCGCCACACCUCCGAGCAAGGACUGUCUCGAGCGCUGCCACUUGUCUCAACCACAGGUAUGCGCCUCUCACUCAACUCUGCGAAGACAUUAGUCAACAAAUGCCGAUACUUGGUGCUUUUAUAAAAACAAAAUCCCAUGUGAAUGAAUGGAACAUAUUUUCAAACAAGAUAUCGCUCAAGAGUAUUUGCUGAACAUAGCUGAGAAGUUCACAUUUGAGAAUAACUGAUUUAAAGCCUGACCAUGGCGACAAUUGGAGAUUUCGACCCGCUCAACUCAACGGUACCUGCGACCAAGAUUGAAGUUACCGUCUCGUGCAGGAACCUGCUGAAUAUGGACACUUUCUCCAAAUCAGACCCUGUUGUAGUGUUGUACGUUCAAGGCAUCGGGACAAAGGAGUGGAGAGAGUUCGGCCGAACGGAAGUGAUUGAGAACACGCUGAACCCGGACUUUGUGCGGAAGUUUGUCCUGGAUUUCUUCUUCGAGGAGAAGCAGAAUCUUCGCUUUGAUGCGUACAAUGUGGACACCAGAAGUUCAAACAUUUCAAAACAUAAGGACUUCCUGGGCCAGAUGUUCUGCACUCUGGGGGAGAUCAUCGGUUCCACAGGCAGUCGGCUGGAGAGAACCCUCUCUGGGAUCCCAGGGAAAAAGUGUGGGAACAUCAUAUUCACCGCUGAGGAACUGAGUAACUGCAGGGACAUUGCUACCAUGCAGCUGUGUGCCAACAAGCUGGACAAGAAAGACUUCUUCGGCAAGUCAGACCCAUUCCUGGUCUUCUACCGCAGUAAUGAAGACGGAACGUUCACCAUCUGCCAUAAGACGGAGGUGGUAAAGAAUACUCUGAACCCUGUGUGGCAGCCCUUCACCAUCCCUGUACGAGCCCUCUGUAAUGGAGACUAUGACAGGACAGUCAAGGUGGACGUGUAUGAUUGGGACAGAGAUGGAAGUCAUGACUUCAUUGGCGAGUUCACCACCAGCUACAGAGAAUUCUCCAGAGGCCAGAGCCAGUUCAACGUCUAUGAGGUUCUAAACCAUAAAAAGAAAGGCAAGAAGAAGAAAUACAUCAAUUCAGGGACAGUCACACUGCUGUCCUUUAAAGUGGAGUCAGAAUACACGUUUGUAGACUUCAUCCGGGGAGGGACGCAACUCAACUUCACAGUGGCCAUCGAUUUCACAGCGUCUAAUGGUAACCCAUCCCAGCCCACCUCUCUGCACUACAUGAGUCCCUACCAGAUGAAUGCCUACGCAAUGGCCCUGAAGGCUGUGGGGGAGAUCAUCCAGGAUUACGACAGUGACAAGAUGUUCCCUGCCUACGGCUUUGGAGCAAAGCUGCCCCCGGAUGGCAAGAUCUCCCAUGUCUUCCCACUGAACUCCAACAGUGAGAACCCAAACUGUGUGGGUAUCGAGGGAGUGUUGGAGGCCUACUUCCAGAGUCUCCGAACUGUUCAGCUCUACGGGCCCACCAACUUUGCUCCUGUCAUCAACCAGGUGGCACGGUGUGCUGAGGAUGUGACUGACGGAUCCCAGUACUUUGUGCUGUUGAUGAUCACAGACGGAGUCAUCUCAGACAUGGUGCAGACCAAGGAGGCUGUGGUCAAUGCUGCCGCUCUGCCCAUGUCUAUCAUCAUAGUGGGAGUGGGUCCUGCUGAGUUUGAUGCGAUGGAGGAACUGGAUGGUGACGAGGUCAGAGUGUCCUCUAAGGGGCGCAUUGCCGAGAGAGACAUAGUCCAGUUUGUGCCUUUCCGGGACUACAUAGACCGCCAGGGCAACCAGGUGCUGAGCAUGGCACGGCUGGCGAAGGACGUGUUGGCAGAAAUCCCUGAGCAGCUGCUGGGUUUCAUGAAGACGAGGGACAUCGAGCCCCGGCCCGCCUCCUCCACCACCACUACCACCCCGCCAGGACUCCACAAGCUGCGCAUCUGAGAGAGGGGUUUGGGUGGGGGUCUUUGGUUCUUGGGUUUAGAGACAUUGUUUGGACCAUUUUCAGUUGCAGCAAAUACCUGAAGAGACACACACUGAAGCUGUUGGGGUACACAUAUGCACGCACGCACGCACGCACACACACACACACACACACACACACACACACACACACACACACACACACACACACACACACACACAUACACACACACACACACACACACACACUGCAGUAGCGAUUUCCUGUCUGGUGAACACCGCCAUGCUGUGAUGUAACAACUGUACAGCUUAACAAGGGUCAAAUGGAGCAUGACCUUUGGAGUGAGAACUGUUGGAACUGCUUCUGUGGUUGCCAACCCCUCACUGACCCCUUAGCUUCUUUUUAUAUGCAGGGGUCAAGGAACAGUCACCGUUAAACGUUGUAAAAAGCAAGAGUUUGUGGGCUUCUCAACAGACAGAAAGAGCGAUCGAUGUUCACCUUUUUUCCUAUGCCUCACUAGCCACGCAUGCAAUGAGUGUUUCAUUCUCACAUCUUUUGUGGUCCAAAACAGAAACAAAUUGGCCACUUGGGUUGCAAUGGCAGUACUUUACUUUGUCCACUCUCUGGCCAAUGUAUAUUUCCAUGUGUAUAAUGACACUGUACAAACAUUGAAGAAAGUGGGACAGCCGGUUAAUAUCCAAAACAAGUGAAAGGCACAGGAAGUCUAUUCAUGUUUGGUUUCUUCUCAGGGCAUUUCUGAAAGCUUUUGGAUGAGUUUCGCAAAACAAGGGAGACGGUAACAAGAUGGCGUCUCUGGACGGUUGAGGUCUCAGCCUCGGCAUCUGGAGUCAUUGGGUGUUUCUCUCAAUGCAUACUACCGUGCUCUGAGCACGCAAAUUGGAGCACGGGAGGGUCAGAGUAUGAGUUGAAGUCAAAGUAUGCCGAAACGGAGCACAGAGGGCACUUCUGGAAUGUGUACUCCAUUUGUACUUAUUUUGAAGCAUGCAUCAAUGCAAGCUUCAACGGAAAGUAUGCAAAGAAAUAUGAUGCAACCACGUAAAAAAUGACAUAAAAUGUAUUGAAAUCAAUGGUGGCCAUUAUUUGAGCUGAAGCGAGAGAAAAUACACUCCUAUUCAGAAUUAAAUGUUGCUUAUUCACAUCUCAUAUGUUGCCUGACUAUAAUAUAUUAUUUUGAUACGUUAAUAAAUACAGGCGGUGUUCAUUUUGCCAUGUUUAUCUGCCUACAUACCAUAUAUCACAAGCCCAUAAUAGGUCAAUAGGGCUAACUGGCUAGCAACUAGUACUGUUAGCUAGCCAGAUAGCCACAAAUAAUUGUUAGCUAGCAACCCACGAAGAAUAUAUCUCACAUAAUAUUAGUUUUAGAUCAUUUUUGCAUGUUAAAAUAUCUGGUUAGCUACAUUAUUAUGGUAGCUGAUAGUUAUGAAGUAAAAUGGUUGCUUUGUGUAUAUCUUGUUUAGUUUCUAUUGCCAUUGUUGACCUGACUGGAAGACGGUUCAGUGAAUGGGUAAGUCCAAGUCAAUAGGUCUAACUGGCUAGCUAGCUAGCCAUGAAGAAUUGGUAGCUACCAAUGAAAUAUGUACAGUUGAAGUCGGAAGUUUACAUACACCUUAGCCAAAUACAUUUAAACAGUUUUUCACAAUUCCUGACAUUUAAUCCUAGCAACAAUGCC